GCGCCCCUAGAGGCCUGGCAGUGCAAGAGGAAAUCUCUACUUUGGAUGAAUGGAAGCCAGUCGGCGAGUGUUUGCAGGGGAACACACGAAGCUAUAAAAGGAGUAGCACUUUGUUUCAAAGUUCUCGGAGAUGACACGUUUACUUUAAAACCAGCAGCGUGGAGAUUAAUUUCUGUAGUGAUCCCUCCCCGCGGGCAUCGAACUUGCACGCCGAGCCCAACGAACGGCGAUUCCACCGAGGAGCAUUUCAUUUUUAAACGUUAACCCACGGCAACAAGUUAGAAUGUGCGUGUUUUAGUUGACGUGAAGACAUAGGCUAGCUUUAAAAACACGCACCUUGGCCACACUUCGCCUUCCACGCGCCCGGUGUGAUGUGGCGGUCGAGCCGAGCCGAACCGAGCCGAGCUUCACUUAGAGCGUGCAGGACAAUGAGGGAGAGAUUUUGACCCGACAGCUGGCCAAACUCAAACUUCGCCGGGAAAUUAGCAAUUAGCAUCGGAGCACCGGUACGCGAACCUGCACGUUAACCGGUGUGGGUUCCCCACUUUCUCCGAAACUACCAACAACAACAAAAAAAAAAAAGGAGGAAAAAAGAAGCAGGACCGCAUGCCUCCAUGGUUCCGAACAAGUGGAGCAUGAAUUCAGUCCUGCACAAGUCGCCUCCUCGGAGUUGGCUCGGACUCAAGUUGAGGCUCAGCAACAUAAAAUGAUGUGUCGGGCCGGAUCUGGGUUCCGGGCCUUGAGUUUGACAUCGGUGUCUUAGCGUCGAGAGAGUUCAUGUUUUGAGAUGACAAGCCUGUGCAGGAGGAUGACUGGGUGGUGUGCCAGCACCCUGAGUGCCCUGACCAGCGCAGGGCUGCAAAGGUUUGCCACCACCCCGACUGCCAAGGCCUGAAUAACAAAAGCCCCCUUCACCUGUGUGAGUCAUGUGACUCGCGCUGCCAUUCGGAGAAGAGCAACAACAUGCACUUUGACCGGCACCCCAGAUUUGACUUACAACCUCAAGCCUCCAUCCUGGCUCGGAACGUAUCUACACGAUCCUGCCCCCCACGCACCAGCGCCCCCUCUGACCUGGAGGAGGAGGAUGAGGGGAGCAGUGACCGCGGAGAGAAGAAAGCUGGUGGUAUGAAGUUGGUUAAGAAGAAACCACGGAGGAGACACACUGAUGACCCCAGCAAAGAGUGCUUCAGUCUCAAAUUUGAUCUCAACGUGGACAUCAACACAGAAAUAGUACCUGCUAUGAAAAAGAAAACAUUGAGAGAGGUUCUAGGUCCAGUGUUUGACAGAAACGGCAUCGACCUAUCACGUGUUGACUUGUUCCUGGAUCAGUCCAACACGCCGCUGUCCCUCAACUUUGAAGCCUAUCGAUUUGGUGGACACUACCUCAAAGUCAAAGCACGGCCCGGCAGCGAGUUAAAAGUGGAGCAGGAGGUGAAAGACAUGCGAUCACUCAGCCUACCCAACAUGAAGCCUGCCGGGAGUCACACCCCCUACAUCCUCAUGCCGGGCACCGAGAGGGUGGAGCACGGAUCUCUAGGACGUCGGGAGGGUGCCGAUCCGCUGGGUCAGUCACGGCGGAGGAAGAACAUGACUGAGUUUCUGGGAGAGACAAACAUUCCCACACCGGAUACGCUCGGGCAAAUGGGUGGCUCGCUCCCUGGCAUCGGCUCCGGUCCUGACAGCUGGAAGAACCGAGCCGCCAGCCGCUUCAGUGGGUUCUUCAGCUCCAACGCAGCGGCGGCAUCUUUCGGCAAGGAAGUUGACCGACUGGAACAGCUCCACAGCAAGCUGCAUUCGUACACUUUGUUCGGACUGCCCAAAGUGCCACCGCAGCUCUCCUUCCAUCAGGACUCCUGGGAGGAGGAGGACGAGCAGGAGCCCGACCUGGUCCUGGAAGACAGCUGGCAGAUAUUGCUGGACAACGUUGAGACUUUGACAAGGAGACAGUUCCACCAGCAAGAGGCUAUAUGGGAACUGCUGCACACUGAGGCCACCUACAUUAAAAAACUCAGAGUCAUCACUGAUCUCUUCCUGUCCGGCCUGCUCAACCUUCAGGAGAGUGGCUUACUCACAGAGGUGGAACCCCCACGGCUCUUCAGCAACAUCCAGGAAAUAGUUCGUCUGCACACGGCCCUCUGGAACCAAGUCAUGCUCCCUCUUUUAGACAAGGCCAGGCAUGCCCGGGCACUACUUGACCCCACCGACCUUCAGCAUGGAUUCAGAACAUUUGCGUCCAGAUUUAAGCCGUACAUCCAUUACUGCAUGGAGGAGGAAAGCUGUAUGGAGAACAUGCGCGCACUUCUCAGGGACAAUGAGCUCUUCAGGACCUAUGUCACCUGGGGCGAGACACACAAGCAAUGUAACCGUCUGAAGUUAGCAGACAUGUUGGCAAAGCCUCACCAGCGUCUGACCAAAUAUCCCCUCCUGCUGAAGAGUGUGCUCAAGAAGACGGACGAGCAGUCGGCCCGAGAUGUCAUCGGCAGUAUGGUGGCCUCAGUGGAGGGCUUCAUUGACAGCGUCAACUCACACAUGCGACAGCGGCAGGAGCAACAGAGGCUGGCAACCAUUUCUGCCCGCAUUGAGUCCUACGAAGCAGUAGAGGGCAGUAGUGAGGAGGUAGAAAAGAUCCUCAAGGAAUUCAACCACUUUGACCUCUUGGCGCCGAUGAGAGGAACAUCUGCUGAGGAGACUCGACAGCUUCACCUAGAGGGUGCUCUGAGGAUGAAGGAGGGCAAAGAUAGCCGGAUGGACGUCUACUGCUUCCUUUUUACCGAUGUGUUGCUCAUCACCAAGCCCGUGAAGAGAGUAGAGAAGGUUAAAAUCAUCAGGCAGCCUCUCCUCAUCCACAACAUCGUCUGCAAGGAGUUGAAAGACACAGGUUCCUUCAUCAUCAUCUACCUCAAUGAGUUCAGGAGCGCAGUGGCCGCCUACACGUUCCAAGCCAACAGCGCCUCUCAGGGGCGAAGCUGGAUGGAAGCAAUCUGCAAUGUCCAGAACCAACUCCAGAGACUUCGCUCCGAGGAAGUGAUCCGGUUGCAGAAUUCUCUGACGAGUUGCACGGACGGUGAAGAGGAGCGGGAUGAGGAAGAGGAAGACGAGAGCAGCAACUCCAACACAAGCUCACCUUGUCUCAGACACAAAGAUCGGCAUAAUUUAAGUCAGUCGGAUGGUUCCACUGAGACGUUGUCAGUGAUGGAAGUCGAUGAGCCGUCUGAUUCGCAAGCGUCUUCCGCUGCUAGCGUUAGCCUGGAGAGACACGCCGACACACCCGCUGGCAUCGCCACCCCGUCUGAAGUUGAGUGCCCCUCAGGUCUCCACAGGACCUCCUCCGGUGCUUAUUGUGAGCUGGAUCAAGAGACGGAACCUGAAGGCGAGGAGCUGGAUCCUCAGUGUCGCUCUCUCUCCAUGGACAGCGCAUACGGUACGCUAUCACCGGAGUCGCUGCUCAGAGAACUUCGGCCUCCGCAAACUGAAGAAGUGGGUGCUGAGGAAGAUGUGGAUGAGGAGGAGGAGGAAGAUGUGGAGGAGGGGGAGGAUUCUGCCUCACUCGGCUCACAGUUGUCAGUGGCCCAGCUGUGCAAACCUCGACGGAGGGCUCCUGUGCAGUCAAGGCUCCACUGCCUCCAGAAGCUGUCCACUCUGGUCUUAUCUCGUUCUGAGGACAACCUCUUGCAGCGCCUCCAUGCCAAAACGCUGCCCUCGCACAACCGCGCCAACCCACAGCACACGGACGCGUCCUCGCUGGCGCACAGCAAGAGCCUGUCGGAGCUCGCCAGCAACAGCGCCGACUCCUUCCCCGUCGACCUCCGCCUAGACGUACUCGACCAAGGCGGUUCUCACAUCACGGUGGCGAAAGAUGAAAGGAAGUCCGAGGCAGCGGCCGCCGGUGAUGUGGGAGAAACGUCGCUCAUAGCGAGGACAACACCGCCCCAACAGCACAAGAAACUGACGCUAGCACAGCUCUAUCGAAUACGCACCACUCUGGUCCUCAACUCUACGCUCACCGCAUCGGAGGUGUGACCACCAAUCUGUUUUUGUUCCUGGAGACACCACUGUACUCUUUUUCUCUGUCUCUGUCUGUUUUCUGUCUCUCGACGCCCCUACCACUCCGGCACUCGCCACCAACGCUGACUUUCAGCCAUCCCCCCGUCCCUUCCAAAAGGCUCGUGGGGAGCCGACACCCGAGAGACUUUUUCACUGCUUGCACUUUGCGGAGGAUGUAGCACCACAUGGGGGCGCCGCUGACUGUCCCUUCGCCUGAGGAGCCGCUGGGGGGUCUUAACCUCUUGAACCAGAGACCCAGAGUGGAUGUUGUUGUGACUUUUUGAUUUGCUUCAACAAGAUGAAAGAUAAUUGCACAUUUGUUUAGGAAAACAAGAAGAAUCACUAAGAAGUGAAAUUACAUUUACAUGAGUCCCAUGAGAAGUGUGUGUGUGUGCGUGCGUGCGUGCGUGUGCGUGCGUGCAUGCACAUGCGUGCUUGCGUUUUUGUUCUGACUGAUCAAUAACCAAAAGUGGGCCACACAACCAAAGACGAGUACAUCAGGUUUUUGUCCAUGCUGCUGGCAUUGUAGUUUCUAUUUGGGGUUAAUUUCAUGGCCCAGCGAGGAGAGGGUUGGGGGGCGGGGGGGGGGGUUCUGGUGGUCAUGGACCACAGUCGAAAUGCGAGUGACUCUGAGAGCUUUGCUUCACGACAGCGUAUGAACAGACAAAUGCACGACAGUCACUUGGCUGCGCCUUUUUUGCUGGUGUAUUUUUGGCUUUGGGGACAUUUGCUUGGGAGGGGGUGUUGAAUAUUCCGAGUACGCCGGCUCUUCCCAGAAGACAAGACACACUUUGUAACACUUAGCUUUCCAAACCAAAUCGGUUUUGUCUAUUUACUUUUUUUUUUUUUUUUUUUUUUAGUCAUGUCUAAUAUUUAUUUUCUACAAAGGAGUAUUAAGGUCUCAUAGAUGAGAAAAAAUAUAUGCUGUAAUGGGAAUGAAGUUGUCAUGAUCAGAAAUCAGAACUAUUAUGAGAGUAAAUUAAAUAAUUUACAAGGAAAUGUCGUAAAUACAGUAUUUAGUCAUUUCCACUUGACUUGAUCACGUCUCUGGAAAGAGACUUUUGGAUGUUCAUUUCCAAGACCAAUUUAGGACUUUUCCCAACUUUUCAAGUUUGUUCCUGUAAUACGGUUUUGUUCAUGAGAUAAUACGAAUUGAGUGUAGUAUUACUUUUUUCUUUUUUUAUAGUACGGCUCAAAUGCUCCUUUGUAAUUUUACCUGUUAUGUUGUAUGUAUGAAUAUAAAUAAGAUAUUGUUGAGCUUACAACAUGUGCACAUUAUUUUUUGUUCACAUAGUUUUAAAAAAAAAAAAGUUUCCUCGUUGGCCACCAGGUGUGUUGCCAACCCAAAUUAUGUUUCCUGAUGUUAAAAAGUGUCUUACGGAAUUUUUGAAAAAAAAAAAAAAAGAUUCAGAAGUGCGUUGCAAUCCCUGCUUUAAUGGUUUAAUCCACCCUAAUGGAGCCAACACACAUUAAAACCUUUUGGACUCAGACAACAGGUGGCGAAAGAACAUUUUUAUUUAUUUAUUUUUGACUGUACGAAACAUUGCCGUCUGUAACUCACUAGGGCAGCUGGAAGUGGGCCACAAUGGCAACUCAGAUGAAUUAGAGUGCCCCGAUGUUCAGAGAGUAAAAGUGAAGGCAUGCUUGGGUCAGUUUGGUGUGGAAGAGCAAACCAUC